AUGACGUCUACCCAACCCAACCUCCGACCUCACACGUCUGACCCCAGCCAUCGCUUAUCUCUACCCCAUGCUCGCAUUCGCCAGGAACAACAGUCCCCAUCCGUCCAUGACAUCGGUGGCGCGGCCAAAUCAACCCCAACGUCGCGAAAUUCUGUGUAUCGUUUUGGCCUUCAGCCGCGCCGAUCAGACGUCACCUAUCCAUGCACUCCUCAUCCUCCUCCGCGACAUUUGACGUAUUGGAAAGACCUGGGGGCCUGCGACGGGACGCUCUUCAUCACCCAUCCCCUUGGCGGCGCAUGUAACGACAGAAAGGCCCGAUAUCGCGACGGGUGA